GCUCUGGGUGCGCUGAGCGUUGUGACACGUACAGCCUCUAAAAAGAGCACGCGGAGGACGCGGUUCUGCGAAGAGAGAGACUCAGAGCAACCUAGGAGGUGUAGUGCAGUUGACAUAGCAGAAGAUUCGGGGUGGGCGCUGAGGUUCCGGGAAAGGGCUGAAAAGAGCAUUCUCUUGGAACUUUGGCUUCCUCUUGCCUUUGUCUACGUUGGAAUCAAGAUCCUAUUUGAUUUGGGAGUUCCUGUCGUGGCGCAGCAGAAACGAAUCCGACUAGGAACCAUGAGGUUGUGGGUUUGAUCCCUGGCCUUGCUCAGUUGGAUCCGGAGCUUAAGGAUCUGGCAUUGGGAUUGUGACUAUGCCUUUUAACUGUGUAGCUGGAGUACAAGAAGUGUUUGUUUAAUGAAUGACCUAUCCAUUUAGCACCUACUUAGACCCUAAGGAUAACCCUGUGAAUUGUGUUGAUUUCAUCAUGCUGCGACGGAAACCAACCCGCCUGGAGCUGAAGCUUGAUGACAUUGAGGAGUUUGAGAGCAUUCGAAAGGACCUGGAGACCCGUAAGAAACAAAAAGAAGAUGUGGAUGUUGUAGGAGGCAGUGAUGGAGAAGGUGCCAUUGGGCUCAGCAGUGACCCCAAGAGCAGGGAACAAAUGAUCAAUGAUCGAAUUGGUUAUAAACCCCAACCCAAGCCCAACAAUCGUUCAUCUCAGUUUGGAAGUUUUGAAUUUUAGAGGUGGAUGAUCUCGCAUGCCAGAGCCCUGGGAUGGAGUCAAAUGAUGAAAGAUUUAACAGAAUGUUUUACCUCCUGCAGAGAGAAACACUUGUGCCUGCUUAACUUGCACUCUUAGCUGAAAUUCAAACUAUGGUUUGUAUCUGGAAAUUUACACUCUAUAAAACUUGUCUCACUUUUGUUUUUUGAAAUGCAUUUUUAGAAGUGUGCAACGUCCUUAAUGAAGUAUAAUAGCACUGUUGACUUGUUGUAUUGUUCUUCCCACCUUUAUUAAAAGACCGUAAGCACAGAA